UACUCAGUACUCUCCCCCAUUGACUCAUUCACUAGCCAGCCCAGAAGCUCAAACACCAACACAUCUCUCCCUCUCUCCUUGCUCGGUUUCUCUGAGAGCAUGGAGCGUGCAUUUGUCUCUUGCAUUCUCUUACUCCUCUCAGUUUUCUCCAUUGCAGAUGCGGGUUCGAUUGGGGUGAACUACGGCAGAAUCGCAAACAAUCUGCCUUCAGCAGUGAAAGUGGUGAAGCUACUCAAGUCACAGGGGUUGGACCGGGUCAAGGUGUUCGACACAGAUUCGUCAGUUCUCAAGGCCUUGUCCGGGUCCAAGAUCAAGGUCACCGUCGACUUGCCUAACGAGCUUCUCUCCUCCGUAGCGGGGAAACAGUCCUUUGCCUACUCAUGGGUGCAGAAAAACGUCGCAGCAUACCAUCCACAAACUCAAAUCGAAGCCAUUGCAGUCGGCAACGAAGUCUUCGUGGAUCCUCAGAACACCACGAAGUUUCUUUUACCCGCAAUGAAGAACAUUCAAAAAGCUCUGGUCAAAUAUAACCUUGAUUCCUCCAUUAAAGUCUCUUCCCCCAUAGCACUCAGUGCUCUCCAGAACUCUUACCCAUCUUCAGCCGGAUCUUUCCGACCCGAACUAGUUGAAACGGUUUUCAAGCCAAUGUUAGACUUCCUCCGCCAAACCGGUUCCUAUCUCAUGGUCAAUGCGUACCCAUUCUUCGCUUUUGAGUCAAACUCAGAUGUCAUUUCUCUAGAUUAUGCUUUGUUCAGAGAAAAUCCAGGUGUGGUAGAUUCAGGUAACGGGUUACGGUACUUCAACCUCUUCGAUGCCCAAAUCGACGCCGUUUUCGCAGCAUUAUCAGCUCUCAAGUACGACGACGUCAAGGUCGUUGUGACUGAAACCGGUUGGCCUUCAAAGGGUGAUGAGAACGAAAUCGGAGCAAGUGUAGAAAACGCCGCAGCUUACAACGGAAAUCUUAUCCGCAAGAUUCUUACUGGUGGUGGGACGCCUUUGAGGCCCAAAGCAGAUCUGACCGUUUAUCUCUUCGCUCUUUUCAACGAAAACGAAAAGACCGGACCCACAUCGGAGAGAAAUUACGGGCUCUUUUUUCCUGACCAGAAAAGAGUCUACGACAUUCCGUUCACUCUCGAGGGUCUGAGCCACUACAAGGACAAGAGGCCGCCGGUUUCAUCUGGUCCACAAGUAUCGACUCCAAUCGGCAGUGGAGGAGUUUCAAAGAGUUCAACGGCGAACACUUGGUGCGUCGCGAAUACAGAAGUGGGGAGGGAGAGGCUACAGCACGCUCUAGACUACGCCUGCGGUGAAGGUAAGGCGGACUGCCAUCCGAUCCAGCCUGGAUCUUCUUGUUACGAGCCCAACUCGAUCGAGGCCCACGCCACGUACGCAUUCAACAGUUUUUACCAGAAGAAUAAGCGCGCCAUGGGUACCUGCGAUUUCAGUGGCGCGGCUUUCGUAGUCAGCCAACCACCUAGGUUUGGUCAGUGCGAAUUUCCAACAGGUUAUUGAAGACCGUGAAGAUAUGAGAUGGUUUGUUUACUGCUUUGGGGAAUGAUUAGAGUGGAUUAACUUAUUGUAGCUAGCUUUUUUUUUUUUUUUUUUUUUGGUUUCCUGGUGGAGUAGUUGUAAUUAAGUUCCACAUGGUAUGUUAUAUAUAUUCAAUAUUUCACACUUUUCCAUGUUUACUCGCUCUCUCCAUGACUAGUUUGUC